ACGCAGCAGCUAAAAAAAAUCCAAGUAACCAAAAAAUCCCCCUUCCCCCCCCCUCCGCAACCCCCCGAGCGGGGGCCCGGGGCUGAGGCGGCUGCAAGCGGGGGAGGCCAGGCGCAGAGCCGCGGGGGUCUCGGUGCAAGUGCUGGGCUGGGCAGGCGGAGUGGGGGGGGGGGCUGCCGCCUCCUUCCCCCCCCCUUUGUGUGCAGCAGCCUCCGCUCCGCUGCUGUGAGAUGAAUUGUUAAUUAUUCCCAGCAAAAAAGCGGCUCGGAGCCCCGGCCCGAGCGGGGGGCGAGCGGGUGCCGGCGCGGAAUGGCAAGUGUUUCGAUAAAGGGAUUGGCAGGUUGUCUCUGGCUUUCCUUGAAGUCCCAGUUAUGGCAACAGGUUCUGGAGUAUGUCCAUGAGCAAUCGACUACAGGAUCAGGGCUGAAAAAACUGCCAACAAACUACUGACAAAUGCAAGUGACCUCUAGUUCCUCUGCACAGAUGCUAGUGCGCUAAGAUCCUUCCAAAACAAAUCUCGUCCUCCAGGAAAUUUAAACCAGCGUCAAGAAAGGAUCCUCAUAGGGAAGAGCAAAUGGACUCUGUUGCCCCUUGCGUUCCCCUGCAGAGACACGGGAUGGCCGAGGACAAGCCGUCAGAGACCUGAGAGCCUUGAGGUAUGUGGAGAGUCUGAGUCCACCCCACUCCGCACAGUGCGCAGUGACCAAUCAUGGACGUGCAGCCCCAGGAAGCUUCCCUGACGGUUAAUGAGCAAGGUUUGUGCCCGUUGAGAUCUUACUUACGCUUUGCUGUCUGCUUCCAGGUCAUUGUGAUGUCGAGUCAUGAGACUAUCCGAGUGCUGGAGGUGGGAGUGGACGCCCCACUUCCAGCAGAGGAUGAUGGUAAAGGUUUGGAACCAACAGCUGGAGAGGUCACAAGCAGCUGCCCCGUGGAAACAAGCAAACCAGGAAGAGAAGACGUGCAGCCAAACCUAGAGACCGCGUGUGGAGGGACAACUGGCGAAGUAAAGUCACUGCCUGGAAUAGCUCCCGCCAGCGUCUCAUCCGUCACCACCUUCAGCCCAGCAACGAGCCAGCCGACCCAAACCCUAACUUCCUUGGCAGUGCAAGCCGCGCCACAGGUCUUGACUCAGGAAAACUUAGCAACAGUUGUGACAGGAGUAAUGGUUCCAGCAGGGGCAGUUACUCAACCUCUUCUUAUCCCCAUCAGUAUUGCAGGUCAAGUGGCUGGUCAGCAGGGGCUGGCUGUGUGGACAUUUCCUACAGCAACGGUCGCUGCCCUUCCCGGACUGACGGCUGCUUCUCCUACAGGGGGAAUUUUCAAACCACCUAUAGCCAACUUGCAAGCUGCUGCGGUGCUGAACACGGCAAUGCCAGCCCCCAUGCAGCCUGCCCAGCCACUGCAGGCUCCGCAGACGGUCCAGCCGCGGCCCUCCAUCCAAACGCAGGUCGUGUUCCAGCCGCAGCCCUCGCUCCAGAGCGCACCGGCCAUCCUGCCGCAGCCCGCUGCCGCUCCACCGCUGCCCGCGGGAAAGCCGUUGGAGACGCAGACGCAAAUCACAGUCCAGCCUGCGGGAUUUGCCUUUAACCCUGGCAUAAUCAGUGCGGCUUCUCUCGGGGGGCAAACCCAGCUCCUCAGCUCGCUGGCCGCUGCCCCGGUGAUUGCAAAUACCAUUCCCAGCGUCCAAGGGAUAACGAGUCAGAUCCUGACCAAUGCCCAGGGACAGGUCAUUGGGACGCUGCCCUGGGUGGUGAACCCGUCUGGGAUCACGACGGCCAGCGCCACCCCAGCUGUUUUGCCAGCCCAGAACCUGCAAGUGCAGGCGGUGACCCCGCAGCUGCUGCUGAAUGCCCAAGGGCAAGUCAUUGCUACAUUAGCCAGCAGCGCCCUCCAGACGGCGGCCAUCAGGAAACCCAGUGUCCCAGAGUCCCCAGCAAAGAAUGAGAUUCAGCCAAUCCAGCCUGCCCCUGUUCUGCCCCAGCCAGCUGUGGUCAUCGCAAACCCAGCCCCUGCCGCUAAGCCCUCUUCCGUGCCCGUUCCCAUCACUUGCUCGGAGACCCCGACAGUGAGCCAACUCGUUUCCAAGCCUCAAACUCCAAAUACGGGCAUUGAGGAGGAUGGAAUCAACCUAGAGGAGAUUCGGGAGUUUGCCAAGAACUUUAAGAUCCGACGUCUGUCUCUGGGCCUGACGCAGACGCAGGUGGGUCAAGCUUUGACGGCUACGGAAGGACCUGCCUACAGCCAAUCUGCCAUCUGCAGGUUCGAGAAGCUGGACAUCACCCCCAAGAGCGCUCAGAAGCUGAAGCCCGUGCUGGAGAAGUGGCUGAGCGAGGCCGAGCUGCGGAACCAGGAAGGGCAGCAGAACCUGAUGGAGUUCGUGGGCGGCGAGCCCUCCAAGAAACGCAAGCGCCGCACCUCCUUCACGCCCCAGGCCAUUGAGGCCCUCAAUGCCUACUUCGAGAAGAACGCCCUGCCCACCGGCCAGGAGAUCACCGAGAUUGCCAAGGAGCUCAACUACGACCGUGAGGUCGUCCGGGUCUGGUUCUGCAACCGCCGACAGACGCUCAAAAACACUAGUAAACUCAACGUCUUUCAGAUCCCCUAGGGGCAGGUGGGAGGAGAGAACCCUGCCCAAUUCAGCCCGGCCACCUCCAGGAUCCUGCUGUGAGCACUUUGUGACUAACUGUUCCCUAGGCCUUGCUCCUGCCCACCUCCCCGCCCCACUAGCUCAGCUUCGCUGACUGCAACCGGGCAUUAUUUUCCCCCGCCGUGUGCAUAUAUCCGUGCCCUUCAUCCUCACAGGAUCUGACCAUGUACACAUCAGCCGUCACACGCCUAGCUCCUUCCUUUUCUUGCUUCUGAUUGUAACAUGUAGUGAAUGCCAGAGCUGCCAAUGUGAGUGUCCCCAGCCCCCCUCCGCUCCCAGGGGUAGAAGUGGGGCAGGGCACAGGGAGUGCUGUGAUCCAUGCAUUUCUGUGUCAGACAAAUAUGUCAGCCACACGAGCGACUUUCUUCUUUUCUAGAAUUUCCUGUUUCUCCAACAUAGCGUCAGGGCCUGCCAGGAGGCCGGUAGGGUCCAGGAACAGACAGAUGUGAAGCCUGCUUCAUUUCAGUCCCUUUUUAUUUCGGAAUCCUGGUUGUCCCGUGUGAGACACAAGCUCUUGGUAUCUAACGGUAUCUAGGUGGAGUAGCUUAAUUUAUAUCCCCUUCCCUAUGAGUACAAAGCACUAUCCAUCAAAAGACUUUAAAAGGAAGUUUCUGCGUAUGAUUAGCUGCUAGGGCUUGGGAUCACGUAUAAAGAGCCAGUAGGUAGCCCUCUUACUAACCUCAUUUGCCAGAGGAGAACCGGCCACCUGUGUCCUGGCAUCUCCCCUGCCACCCUUGGGAAACGGAAGGUUCAAUUGCACUAAAUGGGAUUGUUUCUAUAGGAAGAAAUGGACAGAACCAGCCGGGUCAGGCAGCUUCUUCACCAAAGUGAGGCCUCUGAAGGAGGACAGGGUGUGAGCCCUUUCAUUUGCUCCAUCCUCUUUCUUUUUUCGCAUUGGCUCCUGUUGAAGUCAAGCAUUACACCUUCCCCUGCUAGGGCUCGAGCCUGGGGAUCUAAAGCAUGGGCCCCUGUUAGCUGGGAGGCACAAACCACCCUAAGUGGUCUCACCAGGAGAAGAGGACCAAAGAGCCAUGCUGUGGAGCCGGGGCUCUACAAAGUACAUUUACCUUCCUCCUGCAGGGUUCUACGCUUACCUUUUAAGCGUGGCUUUUCUGAAGGGGUUGAUCUAGAAAAUGAAAGGAUGGGCCGACUCUUGCUAACUGCUGGAAGGGGGGAUGGGGAAGUGGCAGCAGCUCUCCAAGCUGUAAGAGAAGAGACCAUCAGCUGAUUGUCUUGUCGACUUGCCAAGUGAAGGGGGGGGGCCGACUCCAAGCCAGCAGCGCCAGCCCUCCUCCCUGUGGGAAAGAGGCCAGGCAAAGGACUGAGACUCUUUACAAUGGAGACGAACCAGACCCGGGGUGUGUGUGUGGAAGGAACAGCCUUCAGCUUUGAACUACGAAGUCCCUCCUUGUGCGGCUCAACAAUCAGGGGACGCUCUCCAGGGGACGUCAAUGCCUUCUUCAACCAGCCGCCUUUUAGAGCACGUCGGACGUCGUCUGAACGUGUCGUCCCCCGCCACCGCCUGUGUGGCGUCAUGGCAAAGUGUGCCAGAGCCCAGCUCUCAGGCUGGAUGCAGGCAGGUGGGAUCUGUCCCGAGACCUCUCCCAGGUGCCCUCUUUCUAAGCUGGGUUCAGUGCAAAAGGGGAAUAAGUGGAGGAAGCUGUGUGUAUUAGGGUCCUGCAGGGAGGGUGGGGCCAGCCUGUUCCUGUCUGUAUGCACUGUGUGUCUUUAACGUAAGAAGGAAAUGGGAGGUGUGUUUUGAUGUCAUGUGAAAGCCUAUAUAUAUAUAUAUAUAUAUAUAUAUAUAUAUAUAAAUGAUUUCACAAUAUCCCUUAACUGUAAACCCAGGAAAAGGUCCUAUUUGGUGCUGCCUCUUCUGUUUAUCUUAAAGAGACAGUGCUGGUUGCCUCGGGCCUAAGCAUUUAAAAAAAACAAACCAAACCAAGGUCUAAAUUUCAGUCCCAAAGCAGAUCAUCAGAAAGUAGCUUCUGCUGCUAAGUGGAGUGGGAGGUUCUGCUUGCCUGCAUAGUAAUCAGAGGUGGUAUCAGACCCUGGCACAAUUUCAUCUGCAGCCAGGGGCCCACCUACAGGCUAGGAAAGCGUCAGAUAGCCCAUUAGGAUGAGAAUCUGGUAUAGGUGUCAGCUGGCCCUAUGCUUUAUGGGAGCUUCCAGUGUCCCACAAAGUUCUCUUUAUCCCAGGAGAUAUAGAAUGGUUAUGGGUUUGACAUCCUGAUCUCCAGGACACAUCCCAGAGGCUAGUCGUUAUUGCUAGAGGAAUCUCAAAAGAGUCUGUGUCCUAGUUCAUCGCGCACCUUUCGAAUGGCAGCAGGAGUGAGCUUUCUUUUCUGGAAGGGUGGCGCUGGGGGUUCAGCGUAACUCGCUGCCAGGCAAAAUGUUUACACGUCAUGUUGAUUUGGGGACAGCCAACCUGGGCGGGAUGGGGGCCAGUUGAGGGUCUCGCUGAACUCAAAAGCUGCUUCGGUUUUACCGCAUUUUUAUCGGGCAAAGAUGGCAUUUCACAGAUGUGCCUGCAGGCUGAAUGGAGCGCGAGUGUCACUAGCCCAGGACCAUGAGACUCAGCAGGGAGAGGAGGAACAGGGGAAAGACCAAGCAGAUUAAUUUGGAAGCAGUUGCUGCCUCCACAAGCAGACUUCAGUCCCAGCAUCAGGAAGGCGAUUCUGUUGUGCAGUAGAAUUUCUUGGCACCUUCCCCUUCCAAUCACGCUUUCACUAGCAUGUUUGGUUGGUCCCCUGCCCUGAGUUGAUGCUGCUGUUCCCAAGGUGCUACAAGCAAAGCUAGCUGUUCCGUUGGCUGCCUGGUGUCGGGGUGAUACCAAUGCCACACUGGCGUUGCUGAUUCCCCAAACUACUGCCCCGGUCAGAGCAGAAUGGGGUGCUCGAGGGGUGCAUCUGAAUCUGUCCAAAGAAGGUUUCUUAAAGAGAGGGUUAUGAUUUUUUGUUUUUUUGGAAGUAACUUUCUGGAUCUGCUGUCCCUCCACCUCCAUUUGGAAUAGCUAAGGCAGGGUUGGCAGGCAAAUUCCUCUCUAAUAAAGGUGAUCCAUCUCCCUCUCUCCCUGCCCUAAGAAAUGAGUGUUUCAGUGAUUUCCAGACAUGUCCAGAGUGGUGGUUGCUGUGAGCAAAAGUGGUUCCUCCUUGGAGCAGGAGGUGGUUUAAACGCCGCCGCCCUGGGUCAAUCAGAACCCGACAUGCUAUCACCAGUCCUGUGUCUCCAGCCUCCAAUCUCCAGGGCUCCCCGCACUUAGUCAGUCCUCGUUGGGCGGGCCAUUCCUCUUUGCCGCAGAUAACACCACUGCUUAGUUUCAAGAGAAGCUGGUGGAUUUCACAGAGUGCUGUGUGAGGUGGUGUAAGUUGUACAAGGAGGGAUGGACAGGCUCCAUGGGGGUGGGGAGCCGGUCUGGGGUCUGGCUGUCUUGCUCUGUUAGACUGAUGCACUUGAUGUAGUUGUGUGAAAUAAACAGUAUUUUUUCUUUUUCUUUUUCACUUUCUUUUGUAAAAAUGUGUCAUGUGGCUCCCCGACGGUUUAUUUAUUUGCAAUCUCAGGGGAGGAGAAGGGGCAUGCGAGGGCGGUCCAGGUGAGUACUGCAUGGAGCAACUUCCAGCCAUGCUGAGCUUCUUCUGCAUCUGCCAGGGUGAGGUAAUAGGUUCCUACCUGCUCGGUCCAGGCUGUGAUGCCCAGCUCACUGCAACUCUUACCGCCUGGUAUAGCAGAAGGCAAUUCCCAGUUCAGCCAGCUAGUUGGUCAAGAAACCCAUGAAUGCUGAGUGAGUCCUCAGUCAGUUUAUGGAGCCAGUCUCCAUUCUGUCCUCUAACCACAGGCAUAACUCUUCAAGAAGUUAGGGUAUAUCUACACUACGAAAUUAGGUCAAUUUUAUAGAAGUCAGUCUUUAGAAAUCAGUUUUAUACAGUCGAUUAUGUAUGUCCCCACGAAGCGCAUUAAGUCGACAGAGUGCAUCCUCACUACCGUGGCUAGCAUCGACUCACAGAGCGGUGCACUGUGGGUAGCUAUCCCAGAGUUCCCACAGUCUCCGCUGCCCAUUGGAAUUCUGGGUUAAGUUCCCAAUGCCUGAUGGGGCAAAAACAUUGUCAUGGAGGGUUUUGGGUACAUGUCAGUCUCUCCUCCCUCCCUCCCUCCUUCUCUCCAUGAAAGCAAUGGCAGACAAUUGUUUCACGCCUUUUUUCCUGGGUUACCCAUGCAGAUGCCAUCGCACGGCAAGCAUGGAGCCCACUCAGCUCACCGCUGCUGUUGUGAACAUUGUAAACACCUUGCGCAUUAUCCUCCAGUAUGUGCAGAACCUGGCUAAGAGACGCCAGCACGAGGACGAUUGUGAGGAGGACAUGGACACAGACGUUCCUGAAAGCACGGGCUGUGGCAAUUGGGACAUCAUGGCGGCAGUGGGGCUGGUUGAUACAGUGGAACGCCGAUUCUGGGCCCGGCAAACAAGCACAGCCUGGUGGGACCACAUAGUGUUGCAGGUAUGGGAUGAUUCACAGUGGCUGCGAAACUUUCGCAUGCAUAUGGCCACUUUCCUUGAACUUUGUGAGUUGCUUUCCCCCACCCUGAAGCACAGGAAUACCAAGAUGAGAGCUGCCCUGACAGUUGAGAAGCGAGCGGCGAUAGCCCUGUGGAAGCUUGCAAAGCCUGACUGCUACCGGUCAGUUGGGAAUCAAUUUGGAGUGGGCAAAUCUACUGUGGGGACUGCUGUGAUUCAAGUAGCCAAUGCAAUCACUGACGUUCUGUUAAUCAAGGGUAGUAACUCUGGGAAAUGUGCAGGUCAUACUGGAUGGCUUUGCUGCAAUGGGGUUCCCUAACUGUGGUGGGGUGAUAGAUAGAACUGAUAUCCCUAUCUUGGCACUGGACCACCUUGCCCACCAGUACGUAAACCACAAGGGGUACUUCCCAAUGGUGUUGCAAGCACCGGUGGAUCACAAGGGACGUUUCACCGACAUCAGCGUGAGAUGGCUGGGAAAGUUGCAUGACACUCGCAUCUUUAGGAACUCUGGGCUUUUCAAGCAGCUGCAAGAAGGGCCUUACUUAGAGCAGAAAAUAACAUUGGGGAUGUUGAAAUGCCAAUAGUUAUCCUUGGGGACCCAGUCUAUCCCUUGCUCCCAUGGCUCAUGAAGUCUUACACAGGCAGCCCGGACAGUAGUAAGGAGCAGUUCAACUAUAGGCUGAGCAAGUGCAGAAUGGUGGUAGAAUGUGCCUUUGGACGUUUAAAAGCUCGCUGGUGCUGUUUGCUGACUAGGUUAGAUCACAGCGAACCAACAUUCCCAUUAUUAUUGCUGCUUGCUGUGUGCUCCAUAAUAUCUGUGAGAGUAAGGAGGAGACGUUUAUGGUGGGGUGGGAGGUUGAGGCAAAUUGCCUGGCGGCCGAUUUUGAGCAGCCAGAUACCAGGGCGAUUAGAAGAGCACAGCUAGGCACGCUGUGCAUCAGAGAGGCUUUGAAAACCAGUUUCAUGACUGGCCAGGCUACGGUGUGACAGUUGUGUGUGCUUCUCCUUGCUGGAAACCCGCUCCCUUUGUUGAUUUUAAUUCCCUAUAUACCAACCACCCUCCCCCCUUUGAUCACAGCUGGCAAAGGAAAUAAAGUAACUAUUGUUUUGAAAUC